CGAUCAUCAUAAUUUCACAAAUCACAAACAUUCACAACUAAAGCCAUCUGUCAAAAUGAAAACCGCUUUUUUCGUAGUUUUUCUUGUUUACCUUUUUGUUUCGGACCCACCAUUUUCUUCUGCAGCUGAAGCACCAAAGCCGGUGCUUGACACUGCGAAGAAAUCGGUCCGGACUGGAACUCGAUAUUUCAUUUUUUCAGUAUUCCCAAGAACCGGCGGUCUCACACUAGAGAGCCUAGAAAAGCCAUGCCCUCUUAGCAUUGUGCAGGAGGAUAAUCUAGGUUAUUCCGUGUCGUUUUCUCCAAUUAACCCUAAAAAAGGCGUUGUUCGUGUUUCCACUGAUCUCAACGUUGAAUUCAAUGUACCUACCAAUUGUUCCAGUUCUACUUGGUGGAACAUUGAUAUUAGCCCUUCUACUGGAAACUAUUUCCUAUCAACAGGGGGAAGCCAAGGAAAUCCAGGCCCUAAUACGGUGAGAAAUUGGUUUAAGAUUGAACAGGAUGGUCAGCAGCAGACUGGCGGCAAUUUGUACAAGUUUGUGUAUUGUCCUACAUUUAGCAAAACAACCUGCAAAAAUGUAGGGAUUGUUGUUCAAAAUGGGAAGAGACGUUUAGGUCUGACAAAUGUUCCCUUGCAGUUUGUGCUGAAACAGAGUGAGAUGGUUUAAUUUCUCAUGUAUUCAUGAUCACAUGUAUGAUCAUAUAAUUAAUGUGUUUAAGUUUGUGUCGUUUUCAUGCUACAUUCUCUUUUUGAAAUUACUACCAUUAUUAAUUGUUUGUAUUUGAGCCCAGCAAGUCCAUUUCAAGAGUAAUAAGCAUUCAAGUUUGUCUAGAAAGUCUUUUAAUUAUUAAAUAGUGUUCUUGAUUAUCUUGUUAAGUUCCGGAUGCCAAAGCUUUUUCAAGG